AUGCCUCGCGCGGGGUCGCCGGCGCAUCCGAUCGCGGUCACUAACCCCACUCCGCCCGAGAGGAGCAAGCCGCAAGGCGCAUGCGACGUGCGCGCGCGCCGCACCGGUGUGCCAGCUGCCGCGCUUACAUUUGAGGCUUUUUAUUUUUUACUGGGAUUCAAUGUGAGAGGAAAUGAAUGUAAUUGUUACUGGAUUGGUGGUUGA